UAGGCUCGAUCGCCGAUCAUCAGUACGCUCCCUUGGCCAUUCUGCAUUGCCGGUACGCCUUUUUGAGCCCGCCGAAUCUCUCCGCGCACUCAACGCAGCACACACGUCAGCCAUGUCGUCCCCACCGUCCUCGUCGCACACGCAUACACGUACCCAGUCCCGCUCUCUUCGCGAGAAGCGCGCCGGCGUCCCACUCCUGCUCUCUUCCUUCCCCGUGCCGCCGUCUCACAUCCCUGCAUCGUUCCCGCUCUCGCCGCUCAGCGCGAGCUCGUCCUCCUGCUACUUUACCCCGCUCACGACGCCCCUCAGCGCGAAUACGAACAUCCCCGCAUCUGCAUCCACAUCCUCUACCGCGGCCCUCCUGCAUGCCGCUCUCACCGCGCAGAACCCUCCACCGUGUGCCCCGCCUGUGCUACCCCUCCCGCCAGUACCCGGCCCAUCGCCCCUCUCCGACCAGGAGACGGUCCUCUUCCUCUCCGCCGCACGCGCACGGCGAGUAUCCAAGCUCUCUUCUGCGUCCUCGCGCAGGAGCUCGCUCGCGAGCAGCAUACAUAGCGCGAGCACGCCGGGGCUCUCGCCGUCAGCGAGCGUCACGCCCGCGGAAACGCGCUCGCUGCGGUCGUACUCGUCGAACGGAAGCCUGAAGAUACCGGCGCCCAGAUAUGGAGGUCAGGAGAAGAGUGUGGGCGCGGAGGAGAGGAUAUGUGAGGAGGAGACGGAGGAGCUGACGAGGGUGGAGUUGGAUGACAUCCCGUCGUCGCAUGCACAUGACCGUCAGAGCGAUGAAGAGGAAAACUCACUGGAGCUGAGCAGCCCACCGCUGCUGCGGCGUCUUCGACACUCGGUGCAUGACUCGAUCUCGGAAAUCGACAUGCGCGACCUGCCGCCGCUGCAGGAGGACGUGGACAUCAUUGAGCGCGUGCGCGUGCCGGCCGUUGAGGGCUUGCCGCACAGGAGGAGUCUUGGCCGCGCUUUAGGGUUCUCAGCUACACAUGAGAGAAGUUCAAGUCAAGAUAGCAGUGUCAUCUGGCCGCCGCCCACGAGCAGAUUUUCACUAACGCAGUUGGGAUUCUCACCUACACAUGAGAGAGGUUCAAGCCAAGGUAGCAGUGUCAUCUGGCCGCCCACGAGUAGACCACUAGUGCAGCGAAUCGACACGGACAAGGCCCUGCCACCGCUCCCGCCACCAUCGCCGUCGCGGUCACCAUCAUCAUCGCCAUCUCCGACUCCUGCACCUGCACCUGCACCGGAAAUGCGCGCCGAGAGUCCGGAUAUCAAGACGAUCCUCGCAAGCACCCCGCGGCCGCGCCGGAAGUCCUCAGGCUCGUACAUAUCGACGCGCUCGUUGGAGCGCACCCGCUCAAGAGCCGGCGUUAGUGCGCCAGCCCUGCGAAGACAUAUGAGCGAGGGCGUCCCGGGGUCGCGGGGACGGCGGACAUGGGGCGAGGAUAUGACGCGGCGCGGGAGCGAGCGAGGGCGCAGAUCCCGCAUGCCUGCGAUGCCGCCGCUGCCGUUGCCGAGGGGCAUGUCGGAGUUUGGGAUGCUGGACGGUGAGAAGGGAGGGGGAGAAGGUAGUGGGAGCGAAGAGGAGGGACGGGCAAGUGGGAGCGAUACGGAUUCGAGUAUUGAUAUCCAUACGCCGUUGCCGAACCUCAUGUUGCGCGAUGGUCUGCUUUCGCCGAACUCGAAGCUGCUUCCGCAUGCGUCGCCUGUUGGCCAGGUGGGCGCGGGUGAGCGGCCGGGGAGCCAUUUGAGCGUCGCGUCGAGUGUUGGCUCGAUCAUGACCAAAUCUGGGUUGUACAAGGAUGGGCGUGACACGGUGCAGAGAAGGCGCCGCCAUAGGGACGGGAAGCUUUUGCGUGGUGGGAUUGGGCUUACCACGGGGCUUGGAUGGAGUGAUAGUGAAGACGAAGGCGCGCCAUCGCCGCUUACUCACCAGAUCUCUGCUGGACUGCUCAGGUCCAGCCCAUCGUCAUUGCGCUCGUCGCAGUCGCACCCGUCUUCGCGCGUCACGAGCUCUGCAAGUCUGGACACGCUUGAGGACGAUUGGCACCAUGUGGAGAGUGCGCGGUUGUCAUUCCCGUUGGACUCUCCUUCGGAGCAGCGGAGCGCACGCAUGUUGGCGUCGUCGCUAAACUCUAUGCCGAGCCUGGGAAAGAUGGGUGCUGCGCUGCGCUCGCCGCUGAAGUACGUCAACGAACGUGAGGAGGUGGGAGCACAGGCGUCGUCUUCGUCGUCUGUAUCUGCGAUACCUACUACUGCUGCUCGGCAUACCCUGCCCAAGGCGCGUGUGGGGAAGGAGCCGGCAUCUGAGGUGGACGAGACAUCUGACUUUGGUCCGGCGAUGCGUAGUCGGGUAGCGUCUGGUGGCGCGUCCUCGGUGCACGGCUCUCUGCGUACCCCAUUCACUCCGAGUGUCAAGCCUUUACAAGUGCCCCGGCCGCUCAAGCUCCCGCAGGACCAGUCCCGCGUUCGUCGUCCGCAGGACGGCACUGGGCCGAUCAGGUCGGUGCUCUCGACCGGAAGCGUUGGGAGCAGUAGUAUCAGCAACAGCACGAGCAGCAGUGGCAUUGUACGGCCCGCCGAACGCACGCGAAUGCAGUCCCUUCCUCAGUACUCGAGUUCGCGGCACGGACAUGUGCCCGUACGCCCGUCUGCGAUUACUGACCCCGUCGUGCACACCGCUCCUCCUACGACAUCGAGGUUCGGUGCAACGGCGAGCGCUGUUUCGUCGCCGGCGCAGAGGCCGCAGCCGCGCAUCGGGACGGGCAUGACGUAUCGCACGUCGGGGAGCUCGGGUUUGCGUCCGACGAUGAUGCGGAUGCCGAGCUCGACGCGCCUUGCGGCUGCUGCUGCGUCGCACAAUGCAGAUGUUGGCGUCGCGUUUUGAUAUAAUCCUCGUUGCUCUAUGAUCGAGUUCUCCCAUCGCCACCGUGCACUUCCUCC